GGAAAAUCCCACUGAAGUAACAUCUGGUGCAGUGAACGAUCCCAGUGAAGAAAGAAAAGCAGAACUGAAUCUGUCCUACAAAGGCAAACACCAGAGUGCCGUGACGAACCCAGUUCGAUGGCGUCGCCUUCUGGCUCGAUGCUCCGAAAGGCGCGGGAGGAUGCAAAUCUAAAUUUCCAUAAGCCGAGUGAAAUAUCCAACUCUGUGAAAGGCUCUCAGAACUUGCCAUCAAAGAAAAAAAAAAUGAAGAAGGAUUUAACACAAGCAGCAAGUUCACCUGACAUGAAGCCAAAAAGCAGCUUUGAAAAGUUUAUACCUAUUGUCACUGAUGAUGAAACCUACCUGUUCCAGUGCUCCUGUGCAGGUCUGUACCAGUGCAGUGUGACCGGCCUGGUGUUUGUCAUGAAGGGAGAAGGAGACGUGGUUUACAGGACUGUCCCUUGGAACAGGAGGCUGCUGGCACAACACCACAAGAAGCCUGCAGGACCCCUGUUUGACAUCAAAUGUCAGCAGCAGUCUGUGUGUCAGCUUCAUCUCCCACACUGUGAGCUCAUCUCCACAGGUGGAGGUCAGUUCUUGGAGGUCGCUCAUGUGAAUGACGAGGGCAUUGAGUGUAUUACCCCUCACCAGAUAACAGAAACUCACGUUGUUAUAAACAUCACAGGGUUUUCUUGUUAUGGUAUUGUCAGAGAUGACACUUCUCCCCCUGGCCCAGUCCAAGCUUUGAUUCUGCUCUUCUACAAACCUCGAGCUGAUCCUGAUCCGAGGUCUGUCCUCAGUGUGUUGUUGGUGCCGGGGAAUGUAGUGAUUCAUCAAGUUUUGCGCACCAGGAGGGAAUUAAAUGGUGAAGAGAUGUACAUAGAGACACCUUCGAGAUGUAGUCUGUUUCCAAAGCAGGUUUACACUCUGUCCACUGUUCCUGAUGAUGACCUGAUUGUAGUUCAACCAAAUGAAGCAGAGUUUCAUGAUGAGUAUUUUAACAGCUCAGUUCCAUCAUUCCAGGUGAUUUUCAAAAGAGUCAUUACAGAUGUUAACCUGAGUCUGACACACCAGGCUAGCGCCAACCGUGUCUGGGAAAGAGAGGUUUGUCUUUUGCCCAACAGAGUGAGAACAUUGAGUCUCCCUCCAAAUGAAAGGCUGUUAAAUGUACGGAGCUCAUUCAUUGAUAGGAUAUCAGGACCUGUUCUCAGCAGUCUGAUGGACAAACUGCUGGAGAAAAAGGUGAUAACUGAUGCUGAGAGGGAGGAAGCAAACGUAAUGCCAAACAGAAGCGACAAAGCUCGUUUUGUUAUCGACACUGUGAGGAACAAAGGUGAACGUGCCACUUCACAGAUGAUUGAGUCUCUGUGUGAGCUUGACUUCUUCUUCUGUGAGCACCUUGGGCUGAUUUAAGGCAUCUGGUAAACCUCUAUGAAUUUUUUUCAGGCGUUAGUUACAACAUCAAUAAUCAAAAGUGAUCCUGUGUCACUGGAAUACAUAUACCUGUGUAUCGCAGUGACUCCAUCUCUCAUUCUCUCCAUCUUAGUUUGAUGGAAACAGGACUGCUCCAGCUCUUUUUGAUCUUUAAGCAAAGUUGGAUCCAGCCUUUUUCUUCAGACUGAAACUGGCUAUUAAUAUUAAUGUUACAUGGUUGAUAGUAAUAAUGAACAUAUAAUAAUAAUAUCUUUAGUUUAAUCUGAGAUUUCCUUUGACUGCGUAUAGCAAGUAAAGAAAUUUGCAACACCACACUAACGCCACAUUUUAUCUGCAUGACUAGAAACAGCUUUUAACAGAAUUGUUAUUGUGAAAUACAAGAUUGUAUAAAAAAGUCUACCAGUUAAUCCAUUAUUUUUGUUUUUUUAACUCCCAUAAUUAAAAGCAAAUGUCUGUACUUUAACAUCAUAUUAAACACAUAUUUGCAACUUUAAUGUGUUUCAGCUAAAAAAAGAAACUAAAAUUGUUUUUGUCCGGUAAUUUCCAGACGUAUCUGUAUGUAUUUGAUCUAUCCUGCGUCCAUCUCACCGACUGCGUUGUUUCUUAAGGAGGUUAAAAAAACAGCAGGAAUUUGAUCUUGUUGGCCCCAAAUUAUCUGAUGUGAUUGUUUACUGUUGUAAAGUCUUAAAAUAUUUUGCAUUUGUUCACUUUAUGAUUCACUAUUCACAGUAAAUUUGACUUGAAUCCAACUUGUUUCGAGUACUAAAUGCUUUAUCUGAAUCAAUUGCCCUGUAAUUAAAAAAGAAAAAA